GCAUUUAUAGCUCCAGAGUGAGACAUCUUUACAAUUCAAAAGCUUUGGCCAUGCGGAGCCCCGACGUCAUGCAAACCCCCUGCUGAGUUUUACGCUUGAAGCGGAGAGAGUGAGUGGAGGAAGAACGACAGCCCGAGGGCAACUUUCGAGAGGAACAUCACAAAAAUAGCUUUCUACACUGUUCUGAAAUGGCUCAAAUAACGAGCGAAGGGGCCGAACAAGAUUCCCAGCCGACGUCGGAUCAAAACGGAACCGUGGAAACAGCAGAAACCGGCAAAGAGGGACAGGCCGUGCCGGACCCCAAACAGGAACCGGGCGACAACAACGAGCGCCGAGCAGGAAUGGACGUGAAGAGUGGUCGCGGUGCGGCGGUGGAGGACCGCGACAACUUGUCUCUUGAUCCCGACAGCAACAAAAAAGAGAGCGCGGCCCCGACCGAAAAGACCGGUAACGACGAGGGGGAACCCGGCAGUAAACUCUCUGAGCCUGGGAAAAAAAGUCCCGCAGAGGGGAGUUUGGCGAGUAGCACUGAUUCCUCACAAGAGGGCUCACGGGUGCUGAAACAAGAACAAAGAGAGGCAGAGAACGUGUUCUCCUCGCCGCCUGCCGACCACACAAAGGCGGCGGAGAAAGCCGAGCACGGCACCAAAAUACAGGCGAGCGUGGAGCUGAGCUCGUCAAACGGAGAGCCGCUGAGUCGGAUGGAUUCAGAGGACAGUAUCGGCAGCACCCUGAUGGACAUGGAGAGCACGGCAUCCAGCGGACGCUCCACCCCGGCCAUGCUCAACGGUCACGGGGCGGUGGCAGGGAGUGGCUCGGCACCGGGCGGGGGCAAGUCUCUGAGCUACACCUGCUGCUGGGAUCACUGUCUGCUGCUGUUCCCCAGCAGCCCCGACCUGGCCGAGCACAUCAGAGCCACACAUGUGGACGGGCAGAGAGGAGGGGUGUUUGUGUGUCUGUGGAAGGGCUGCAAGGUGUACAACACGCCGUCCACCAGUCAGAGCUGGCUGCAGAGACACAUGCUGACCCACAGUGGAGACAAGCCAUUCAAGUGUGUGGUGGGAGGCUGCAACGCCACAUUUGCCUCUCAGGGGGGGCUGGCGCGUCACGUUCCCACUCACUUCAGCUCCCAGAGUUCCUCCAAAGUGUCCAAUCAGGGCAAAAUGAAGGAGGAGUCUCCAUCCAAGGCUGGCCUCAACAAGAGGAGGAAACUGAAGAACAAACACAGACGCUCCCUCCCCCGACCUCAUGAUUUCUUUGACGCUCAGACAAUGGACGCUAUCCGCCAUCGAGCCAUCUGCCUCAACCUGGCAACACAUAUUGAGAGUCUGGGCAAUGGACAUAGUGUGGUCUUCCACAGCACGGUAAUAGCCAGGAGGAAAGAGGACUCUGGGAAAGUGAAGGUCUUGUUGCACUGGACACCUGAAGACAUACUGCCAGACGUGUGGGUGAAUGAGAGCGACAGACUGCAGCAGAAGACCCAGGUGGUUCAUCUGUCCAAGCUACCCACGGACACAGCGGUGCUCUUGGACCCCAACAUCUACAGGAUGUUCUUCUAAGAAACUCCAGAGGAACUCCACUGUCACUUCCUGCUAAGCCGACCUCGAGGAGGAGAUUGUCUCCUCUGCUCUUCUCUUCGUCUCCAUCUCUUCGUUCCUCUUCUUCCCUCCUCCCUCUCCCAGAGGAUGCUGGGAGUUUAGUGACCUCUUUGUGAUGGCUGUCUGAGGCCACCAGUGUUUUCUGCAAUAGGUGCUAAGUCUGCAGAGGGCAUGUAGAAGAAGAUGUUGCUUGUUUUAGGUAACUCAACUAGACUGAAAACUAACUGACAGAAGUGUAACUGUAGACAGUUAGACACAUGUAGAGAGAAGCUGUCUUUGUAAAUACUUGAGAUUUGUAAUAUAUUUUUAUACCUUUAAUUUUUUACUGUACUGUAGAUAGAUGUCUUUUUUUUUUCUGCCAAACAUUUAAAAUAGAUGUUUUAAAAACUGAUAAUAUUGGUUAUGUGCAUAUAGCUGGCAUUGCUCAGUUUGAUGUCAUUAAACUUUUUUCCA